AUGAAGGAUCUUCUGCAACGGUUCUCGUAUGAGUAUGUGAGGUUCCAAUACACCCCUUGCCAAGAUAGUGUCUCCAAGAUAUAUACACUUCUCCAAUACGCUCCAGAUUCAUUGGUUGUGCAUAGGGAGCUUGAAAUCAUUCCCUCAUUUGAGCUUCUAAGAAAAUGUAGAGAUAGGGUAAAGGUUGUGGUAGGAGAAGAUCCAUUCCAGAUGGUUCUUAGGCACUUGGACGGCUUUAAUACAUUUAUAUUUCUAGAAUACGAAUUUAAUAGUUUUGAGCAUGAGUUUCUAAGGCAGGCUUCUAUAGUAAACAAAAAAUCUAUCUUUUUGUUCUCGGAAGUACAAAAGGAUUGUAUGUCAGGAAAGGAGAGCUAUCGUUUAGUAAAACUUGACCUUUGCCUCCCUUGGUUCGCAUAUAAGCCUCUAUGA